AUGCCAGAGAACGUCACCGGCGGGCUGUCGCACUGGCUGCCCGAUGAGUUCUGCGGGGUGACGCUCGUGGCCGACAAAGAGUUCCCCGGUGUAUGCCGCUGGGCGAAGGCAUACAUCGAUGAGGAGCACGUGAAGCGGUGGCUGCCAGACAAGGGGGCGCUCGUCGCCAUUAGGGUCGGGCCCAUAGCGUACAGGAAACAUGAUCAUCCAUCGUCGGAUCGAUCGGCUUCGGCGACAGUUCUUACAACGCUGCUAGAUCGGAUCAUUGGAAACGUGAUCGUUGGAUCAAUCGGCAACAGUUCCAGACUCCAGAACACCGGCAAGGGGCGGCACGGCUACAGUUCCAGACUCCAGAACACUGGUGAUGGGCAGCAUGGCGACAGUUACUCUGAUCCUCUCGCCAAAACAAGGAGAGAUGUUUCGGUGAAUCAGAAGUGA